CGGGAGGAAGGCUCGGUCCGCAGAGGGCGCGGGGACGGCGGGGUGGGGGCGCGGUGGCGCCCGCGGGCCCCCGCUGGCGGCUCCGGCUCGGAGCACAGAGCACAGCGCACAUGGCUGGGCGCCCUGCUGCUGCUGGUCUGUCUCCUGGUGAGCAGAAGUAUUACGGAGGACGUGUCGGAGCACUGUAGACACAUGAUUGGAAGUGGACACCUGCAGUAUCUGCAGCAGCUGAUUGAUGGUCAGAUGGAAACCUCGUGCCAAAUUGCCUUUGAGUUUGUAGACCAGGAGCAGUUGAAAGAUCCGGUGUGCUACCUGAAGAAGGCAUUUCUCCUGGUACAAGACAUCAUGGAGGACACCAUGCGCUUCAGAGACAAUACCCCCAGUGCCAACAUCAUGGUCAAACUGCAGGAGCUCUCUCUGAGGCUGAAGAGCUGCUUCACCAAGGAUUAUGAAGAACAGGACAAGGCCUGUGUCCGAACUUUCUAUGAAACACCCCUCCAGUUGUUGGAGAAGAUCAAGAAUGUCUUUAAUGAAACAAGAAAUCUCCUUGACCAGGACUGGAAUAUUUUCAGCAAGAACUGCAACAAUAGCUUUGCUGAGUGCUCCAACCAAGAUGUGGUGACCAAGCCUGAUUGCAACUGCCUGUACCCCAAAGCCACCCCUAGCAGUGACCCGGCCUCUCUCUCCCCUCACCAGCCCCUCGCCCCCUCCAUGGCCCCUAUGACUGGCUUGACCUGGGCUGACUCUGAGGGGACAGAGGGAAGUUCCCUCGUGCCCAGUGAGCAGCCUCUCCACACAGUGGACCUGGGCAGUGCCAAGCAGCGACUACCCAGAAGCACCUGCAAGAGUCUUGAGCCGCCAGAGACCCCAGGUGUCAAGGACAGCGCAGCUGGUGGCUCACCGCAACCUCGACCCGCUGUUGGGAUGCCUAUCCCCGGGAUGGAGGACAUUCUCGACUCUGCACUGGGCACUAACUGGGCCCUAGAAGAGGCCUCUGGAGAGGCCAGUGCGAGUUCUGUACCCCAAGGGACAGAGUAUCACCCCUCCAGGCCAGGAGAGGGCAGCGCCCAGGCGGAGACCACCAGACUCAGCGACCUCCUCCCAGCAUCUCCUUCACUCCCUGCAUCAGCAAAGGGCCAAUGGCUGGCAGGUGUAACUGGCACCCCAUUGCCCAGGGCGGGCCCUGUGAGGCCCGUUGGCCAUGCCUGGAAUCACACUCCCGAGGAGACAGAUCGUGCAUCCGCCUUGCCCAGAGAACGCCAGGAGUCAGGCUCUCCCGGAACCUCAUCGCUGCAUCCCCAAGGCCUCAGCAACCCCUUCACCCUCUCCGCUCAGCCGAGGCUUCCUAAAAGCCACUCCUGGGGCAGCGUGCUGCCCCUUGGGGAGCUGGAGGGCAGGAGGAGCACCAGGGACCGGAGAAGCCCCGCAGAGCUGGAAAGAGGACAAGCGAGUGAGGGGGCGGCCAGGCCCCUGGCCCGUUCUAACUCCGUUCCUUUGGCUGACGCAGGCCCUGAGAGGCGGCCCGAGGAGUCCACCAGCCUCCAGCUCCAUGGGUUUGCCUUCCGCCUGCUGGUGCCCAGCAUCGUCCUGAUCUUACUGGCCGUUGGUGGCCUCCUGUUCUACAGACGGAGGCGGCGGAGCCAUCAAGAGCCUCAGCCAAUGGAUUCUCCCUUGGAGCGGCCAGAGGGCAGCCCUCUGACCCAGAACGAGGAUACACAGGUGGAACUGCCAGUGUAGAGGGAAUUUAAGACCCCUCACCAUCCUGGACACACUCGUUUGUCAAUGUCCCUCUGAAAAUGUGGCGCCCAGCCCUGGACACAGUACUCCAGAUGUUUCUGACCAGCUCAGAGUACAGUGGGACUGUUACCUUCCUUGAUCUGGACAGUAUUCUUCUAUGCGUGCAGAUUAAGAUCGUAUUAGUUUUUUUUUAACAAUCGCAUCGCACUGUUGUCAUAUGUUGAGCUUGUGGUCUAUUAAAACCCCUAGUUUCAUAUCCCAUAAACCUCUGUCAAGCCAGACCUUUUCUAGCCUGUACUUGGACAACUUAACUUUUUUAACCCAAGUGCAGGCAUUUAUAUUCACCCUUGUUAAAGCCAUCUUGUUUGUUUCUGCCCAUCACCCGAGACUACUUAUGUAGUUUUAAACCCGAAUUCUGCCACCUUCGUGGCUCUCCCCAUGGGAUUCCAGCACAUUGAUGAGUGUCUUCUGUUGCCCUUGACCACACAGUUGAUACAGAUGUGCCUCUAAUGAUGCCUCGCCCCUGGCUUCCCAACCCCAGCUGGCCCACACCCCCCUCCCUCCCCCUUCAAGUCCACAAUCAGCCCACCAGGAAGUUGUCCAGAUUUCUCCACGACCCUCUGGCUGCUCCCUUAAUACCCGUUCUGCUCAUUUGUAUCUGGUUAAUACUAUAUCAGUUUGCACUU